CGUCUUCGCGUAGGAUGGAUUCCGUAAACACUUUCGGUUCAAGGGACUGACUGACUUGCUUCGGUCCUCCAGGCUUGGGCAUUGUCUUGUGCCGUGUCCCAGCGGCCGGAUUCACUACCACACGCAGACACUUGACUUUCGUGAGACGGAAUGGCGAAGUUCUUGCUGCUUUCGCUCAGCGCCCCCCUGGCACAGGGCAUCGGCUUGAGGCCAGAUCUCAAGCCUCAGGCCGCUCGCUCUGGCCCCCAGUCCGCCCAGAGUACCGACGCUGCGAGCACGACCAGGACCAUGUCGGCCCAGGCCCUGCAGUACUUCCGCGGGAUCGAGAAUGCGUCGGCCAAGAGCCCCCUGCUCCUCAUGACCUUGAAGUCGAACGAGGCCUGUGGACGACGAUCAGUGGAGAGGAAGCAUGCUGCCAACUAGUUCCCAGAUGUUUGAAAUAUGUUCAAAACGUAUCCUAGACAUGCAAGAACCAUGUUUCAAACAUCUUUAGACCAUGUUUCAAAUCUUGUAGACACAUUGAAUAACUCAAGGAUCGGACUGUUUGGGUGUCAAUUGCCAUGGCACCCACAAAACGAGGUCGUCUCCAUCGGCGGGGACUUCCGGCCCUCGGAGGAGUUCGAGAGCACUGGCCAGGAGCAGCGGCAGCAGCAGGGCCAGGCGUCGGCGCUGCCCUGGGGCAUCGGCUCGCCCCAGGCCGGCAGCAACGCCCCCGUCUUCCAGUACUCGGGCAUGCCGACGCUGGACUUCCCCAAGUCAGGCAUCGAAUACAGCCUGGAGGCUGGGGGCAACCUCCAGUCCUUCAGCAGCGCCCGGCAGGACGUGAAGAUCAUCACGCAGGUGCUCGAGAACGUCACCAACGGCUUCUUCUUGGACACCAACGGCGGGGACGGCGAGAGGCCGAGCAACACGCUCCUCCUCGAGCUCACGGGCUGGCGCGGUCUCAUCACGGAGCCCAUGAUGUACACCUACGCAGAAUUGUGGGGCAAGAUGCGAAAGUCGUGGAUUUUCCUCGGGUGCAUGUCUCCGCACGAGAACGCCACGAAGAUCGGCUUCGACUGGUACGGCAAGAUCGAUGAGAACAGCGGUCACAGGAUCCACGCGUACCCCAUCAACAGCUUCCUGGCCGAGAUGGGGGGCCUCACGACGGUGGACUUCUGGAACCUCAACACCGGCAAUUACGAGGCCGAGGUCCUCAACGAAACCCUGCUCUACUCAGGGAGCAACAUCGAGUUCGGUGUCGUUCUCAUCAGUUAUGACGGUCGUACUGCCGGCCUUGGUGACUCGCGGUGGGUCCAGUCCAGGUCCAAGUCCGAAACCACGGACCUCAUUUGGUCGAUCUUCCAGAGCGCAGGUUUCAAUUACAUCGGCGGGCUGGACGCGUAUCUGACCACGGACACCACGCCGAGCUACGACUACCACGACCACGUGUUUGUCAACCCUGCGUACUUCACGGCACGCAACAUCCCUGUUCCCGGAAGUAUCAAGGCGGCCCCCCCGCCGCGGAUGGCGGUAUCCAGCAACGCGAGGAAUUUCCAGGGUUUCUGGGACACGUGGGACGAGGGCCUCACCCCCGACCAGGAGGUCGACAAGAUGGUCCAGUACAUCAGCAACGCGAAGGCGGCAGCCGCUGCGACGGAGUCGACGCCAUUUGCACACCGCGUAGACCCAUCCCACACGCCUGCCGCAGAUGCAUCAGGUUAUAACCCCAUUCCAUCGUACAACCCCACGCGCCCGCCACCAAUGCGAGUGGCGUGAUGGUCAUAGCGCUGCAGGACUGAGGCCUGGCUCGCUCUUUUGCGCCGAUAUGACGCUACCGGUGGCAUCUCCACUACGUA